AGGGCCGGGAGCCGAGCCUCCUGUUCAUUAGCAGUUGAGAAAAAUUCCUUUCUAGUUUGAUCAAUCCUUGUUUUUCCACCGCACAGCCGCGGCGCCCGCCCAGCGCAGCGACGGAGAGUGGGGUCUCCACGGCAGGGGUGCCCUGCGCCCGGCCUCCGGGGCGCACAGAAGUAGGGACGAGGGGGUCAGGCCGGAGCACCUCCGGGGCUUCUCCCUCCUCCCUCCUUCCCUUUCGGGUUGCCUUUUUUUCCACUUCUCUCCCUCCCCCUUCCGUUUCUAUUUGUGAAGGGAGGAGGAAGGCAGAGGCGGGCUGGUGUCUCUGGCCGGGGACUGGAAUUUCAUCUGAAUGACUGCCCCAGCGCGCACACAGCGCCCGGGAGUCGGCCCGCCCGCGCCCUGCAGCCCGCACCUGGCCGGCCAGCUGGGGGACGCCCGUACCCCGGCCCGGGGCCCGUCGGCUCGCCUCUCUUGCCCGAGCCGGGUCUAGCCAACCCUUGGAGCGGCCGAACUAGCUUUCAGCGCCUCUCGGACCUCGGCCCCGGGCCAGGCGAGCCGGGAGGGAGCUACCAUCGCCGGGACCGUCGCUGGAGGAAGUGUGCGGGUCCCGGGCUCCGUGCGCCUUGGGGCGCGCCCCGAUGCCAUCCGCGCGGCCGUCCGUAGGCCGCGGGCCGCCGCUGCGCUAGCGGGUGCCGACCCGGAGGCGGCCUGUUAUAUGGAAUUUGGACCUCGGCGCUGCUCUCCAGGGCUCGUGCCCCGGCCGCGGCCCUGGCGCAGCCCGCCGCCUCCCGCUAGGCGCUCGCCAGGAGGAGGAGACGCAGCCGGCGGCGCGCGCGGCGUGAGGACCGAGGCUCCCUCCUGUGGGGGGCGGGCACAGGGAAGGCGCUGGUGACUGAGCAACUGGCCGGGCCGGCGGGGACCGGAGCUCCGGGCUCGGUGGGCCCACAGCUGCACCAGACGGAACUCCAGGGUUGGGGAGUUAGAGAGGCCUGCCUGGGCUCCCUGCCCGCAGCCACCAUGGCGGAGAAUUGGAAGAACUGCUUUGAGGAGGAGCUCAUCUGCCCCAUCUGCCUGCACGUCUUCGUGGAGCCGGUGCAGCUGCCAUGCAAACAUAACUUCUGUCGGGGCUGCAUCGGCGAGGCGUGGGCCAAGGACAGCGGCCUGGUGCGCUGCCCGGAGUGCAACCAGGCCUACAAUCAGAAGCCGGGCCUGGAGAAGAACCUGAAGCUCACCAACAUCGUGGAGAAGUUCAACGCCCUGCACGUGGAAAAGCCGCCGACCGCGCUGCACUGCGUGUUCUGCCGCCGCGGCCCCCCGCUGCCCGCGCAGAAGGUCUGCCUGCGCUGCGAGGCGCCCUGCUGCCAGUCCCACGUGCAGACGCACCUGCAGCAGCCCUCCACCGCCCGCGGGCACCUCCUGGUGGAGGCGGACGACGUGCGGGCCUGGAGCUGCCCGCAGCACAACGCCUACCGCCUCUACCACUGCGAGGCCGAGCAGGUGGCGGUGUGCCAGUACUGCUGCUACUACAGCGGCGCGCAUCAGGGACACUCGGUGUGCGACGUGGAGAUACGGAGGAAUGAGAUCCGGAAGAUGCUGAUGAAACAGCAGGACCGGCUGGAGGAGCGAGAACAGGACAUUGAGGACCAGCUGUACAAGCUUGAGUCAGACAAGCGCCUGGUGGAGGAGAAAGUGAGCCAGCUGAAGGAGGAAGUGCGGCUGCAGUACGAAAAGCUGCACCAGCUGUUGGAUGAGGACUUGCGGCAAACGGUGGAGGUCCUGGAUAAGGCCCAGGCCAAGUUCUGCAGUGAAAACGCGGCGCAGGCGCUGCACCUUGGGGAGCGCAUGCAGGAGGCCAAGAAGCUGCUGGGCUCCUUGCAGCUGCUCUUCGAUAAGACAGAGGAUGUCAGCUUCAUGAAGAACACCAAAUCUGUGAAAAUCUUAAUGGAUAGGACCCAGACCUGCACUGGCAGCAGCCUUUCUCCCCCUAAGAUUGGCCACCUGAACUCCAAGCUCUUCCUGAAUGAGGUGGCCAAGAAGGAGAAGCAGCUUCGGAAGAUGCUAGAAGGCCCCUUCAACACACCGGUGCCCUUCCUGCAGAGUGUCCCGCUGUACCCUUGUGGCGUGAGCAGCUCUGGGGCAGAAAAGCGCAAGCACUCAACGGCCUUCCCGGAGGCUAGCUUCCUAGAGACGUCAUCGGGCCCUGUGGGCAGCCAGUACGGGGCGGCGGGCACAGCCAGCGGCGAGGGCCAAUCUGGGCAACCCCUGGGGCCCUGCAGCUCCACACAGCAUUUGGUGGCCCUGCCGGGUGGUGCCCAACCAGUACACUCGAGUCCUGUAUUUCCCCCAUCGCAGUACCCCAAUGGCUCUGCCACCCAACAGCCCAUGCUCCCCCAGUAUGGCGGCCGCAAGAUUCUCGUCUGUUCCGUGGACAACUGUUACUGUUCUUCCGUGGCCAACCAUGGUGGCCACCAGCCGUACCCCCGAUCCGGCCACUUCCCCUGGACAGUGCCCUCGCAGGAGUAUUCACACCCACUCCCACCCACACCCUCCGUCCCUCAGUCCCUUCCCGGCCUGGCGGUAAGAGACUGGCUCGACGCUUCCCAGCAGCCUGGCCACCAGGAUUUCUACAGGGUGUAUGGGCAGCCGUCCACCAAACACUAUGUGACGAGCUAACGCCACGCGGGCAGGGGACGCUGGGGACGCCUCCCCCCAGCCCCCGUGGCUUGGGAAUUAUGCAUCCAGAGAUCUGCCCUUCUUUCUACCUUCUCUCUCCCUCCCUCCAUUCCUCCAGGUCUUUUCCUUUUGGAUUAUGUUUUGUUUGGGGUUUUGUUUUGAUUUUUUUUUUUUUUUUUAAAUUAUGCAUCUCCUGGGUGAGGAGGUGAUGGUGGGAGCUGGACUGGGCAGGGGCUGCAGGUGGCCCUGGAGUUGGGACAGUGUUUGUCUCAAAACACCUGGCUCUCUUUUCUCCUUUUUUUUCUUCUCUUCCCUCCCCUUCACACCUCCCAGGGCUGGAAGAAGUCUUGGGGCUCCAGCCCUCCUCACUCACCCUGGGAGAAGGCCCAGAGCCCCCUGGCCUAUUUCUCCUCCCUCCUGUUUUUUCUCUUGGGCAGUUUGAUCACUGAUUGAGUAAGGAAUGACCUAUAGAUUGUGGAACUUUUUUUAAAAAAAACAAAGAAUGAUUUCUCCUGCUUCCUUCUCACCAUGUACCCAGAUGGAGUUCAAGGCCACAUCUCAAGCAGCUUUUGGCACCUUCAGCCUCAGAGUGGAAUCUUUCAAAGACAGGAACCCCAUGUUCAGGAAAGGGGAAAAAAAGGAACUUUGCCAAUGAUAGUGACCACAGCAAAAGCAAAUAAUAAUAAUAUUAAUAAUAAUAAAGAGAAAUAAAUAAUAAACAAUAGCACAGCCCUUGUUGAGGUCCGUGGAGAAGGGGCUGCCCAGAUUUGGGUCCUUACCUGGAUUUUGACACUGCAACUUCCUAUAGUGAGCACUUUGUAUGAAUUGUGGACUUCUUGUUCUCAAGACACAGGUAUUUAUUCUGUAAUCUGUCUAGAGCACACACCGAAACCCAACCUUCUAAUAAACAUGAUGGCGCAGUCC